UGUGAGAUCAGCAGGCGAACGGGUCCGUGACGCAAAACAAAACAGAGCUGGACUCGGAGCUAAAGCUAGGACGUUAGCAUCAUCGGCUAACAAACCGGCUAAACAGCUCCAUUUAACACUAACAUUAACACUGAUACAGAGGGUGGAGGUGUGUGCAGGUGGAGCUUAGUCAUGGUGUAAAAGAGUUUAGUGAACCUCCCUCUGGAUCUCCUGUCUCUCUCCCACCUUUCCGCCAUGUCAGGUAGUUACGCUCCGGCCCCCGGAGGUCCGUUCUCCGCACUCACUCCCAGCAUGUGGCCUCAGGACCUCCUUGCCAAACACCAUCAGAAAGACCAAAAUCUGGAAUCAGAUUCUCAGUAUGACGAGUUCGGCUUCCGGAUCGACAGCGAAGAUGGGGUGGAGGCACGUGAUUGGCAUGGAGCUCCACAGAGAGAAGACCCCCAGCAGAGACUGCGCUGGCAGGCCCACCUGGAGUUCACACACAACCACACAGUGGGAGAUCUCACCUGGGACCUGAUCUCUCCCAUCCUGCCCCGCUCCGAUCGCCUCCGUUCGCUUGUCCUGGCCGGAAUACCGCACAGUAUGAGGCCCCAGUUAUGGAUGCGUCUGUCAGGAGCUCUACAGAAGAAGAGGACUUCAGACAUUUCUUAUAGAGAGAUCAUCAAGAACAGCUCAAACGAUGAUACUACAGCAGCCAAACAGAUAGAGAAGGAUCUUCUGCGCACCAUGCCCACUAACGCCUGUUUCAGUACUCUGAAUAGUGUGGGAGUUCCACGCCUCAGACGGGUUCUCAGAGGCCUGGCCUGGCUCUACCCAGACAUCGGCUACUGUCAAGGCACCGGCAUGGUGGUGUCGUGUUUGCUGCUGUUCCUGGAGGAAGAAGACACUCUGUGGAUGAUGUGUGCUUUAAUUGAGGACCUGCUACCUCCAUCGUACUUCUCCUCCACCCUGCUGGGGGUGCAGACAGACCAGCGUGUCCUACGCCAGCUCAUCGUCCAGUACCUGCCCCGUCUGGACCGCCUGUUGCAGGAGCACGACAUCGAACUUUCCCUCAUUACCCUGCACUGGUUCCUCACCUCGUUUGCGAGUGUGGUGGAUAUCCGGGUUCUGCUCCGGAUCUGGGAUCUGCUCUUCUAUGAGGGUUCUAUCGUGCUUUUCCAGGUGACACUGGGCAUGCUGAAGAUCAAGGAGGAAGAGCUGGUGUCAUCCGAGAACUCGGCGUCCAUCUUUAACACGCUGUCGGACCUGCCGAGUCAGCUGGAGGACGGCGCGGUGGUGCUCGGGGAGGCAGUGAGACUGGCAGGGUCGCUCUCUCAGGACACACUGGACGCUCAAAGACAUAAACACCUGGCGUACAUCCUGGCUGAACAGACACAACUCAACUCCAACAACUCGCACACACUCAACACCAGCCUCAAUAAGGUUGUUCGGAGACAGAGUCUGCGCAGGAAGUCCACACUGAGCUCUCUGCUGUUUGGAGAGGACGAGGCUGAGGCACUCAAGGCCAAAAACAUCAAACAGACCGAGCUGGUGGCGGCGCUGAGGGAAGCAAUCACUCGAACCGCAGAACACUUCCACUGCCUUGACCCUGACCACUGCACCAUGGACCUGACCCCAGACUACUCCAUGGAGAGUCAUCAGCGUGACCACGAGAACUUCCUGGUGGUGUCUCGGAAUCGCAGGAGGCGGGCUAAAGCACUGCUGGAUUUUGAGCGCCAUGAAGACGACGAGCUGGGUUUCAGAAAAAAUGACAUCAUCACAAUCGUCUCUCAGAAGGACGAGCACUGCUGGGUGGGAGAGCUGAAUGGCCUUAGGGGUUGGUUUCCAGCUAAAUUUGUGGAAAUCCUGGAUGAACGGAGUAAAGAGUAUUCCCUGGCAGGUGAUGACUCUGUAACGGAGGCUGUAACAGAUUUGGUUCGGGGAACACUGUGUCCUGCUCUAAAGGCCAUUUUUCAGCAUGGUCUGAAGAAGCCCUCUCUACUGGGAGGGCCCUGCCACCCCUGGCUUUUCAUUGAGGAGGCAGCGAGUCGGGAGGUGGAGAGAGACUUUAACUCGGUUUACUCCAGACUGGUGCUGUGUAAAACCUACAGGUUAGAUGAAGAUGGGAAAGUUCUCACUCCUGAGGAGCUGCUGUACAGAGCUGUACAGAGUGUAAAUAUGAGUCACGACUCUGCACACGCACAGAUGGACGUCAAGUUCCGCUCACUCAUCUGUGUGGGACUGAAUGAGCAGGUUCUGCACUUGUGGUUGGAGGUUCUGUGUUCCAGUAUCUCAGCAGUAGAGAAGUGGUAUCAGCCAUGGUCAUUCCUGCGCAGUCCUGGCUGGGUGCAGAUCAAGUGUGAACUCCGAGUUUUGUCCAAGUUUUCCUUCAGUCUCUCACAGGACUGUGAACUUCCUGCCAAAAAAGAGGAAAAGGAGCAGAGACCCCUGAAGGAGGGCGUUCAGGAUAUGCUGGUCAAACAUCACCUCUUCAGCUGGGACAUUGAUGGAUAGAUAAAAACUACACAUUCACAGACACACACACACACUUGUUUCUUUAGAUACCAAAAGUGACAUGUAAGCAGCUUUAUAUAAUAAUGAGGAACGUGUGUGUGUGGGUGUGGGUGUGGGUGGGUGGGUGUGUUCAUAUAGCAGAGCUUUUCAGCUGUGGUCUCAACAUGUCUUCAAGGACUUCUGAUGUUCCUCUGCUGGAGAACACGAAGAACUAAGCAUGCUCAGAGCAGUUUCUAUAUUUCUGUAGACAUUCCUCUCAAUUUCUCACACACACACACACACACACACACACUUCCUGAUUUAUUUCUGUUAUUUGGUGAAGGGGAAGUUCCAGCAUUUAUGUAGGACCUCAGUGUGAAACCUGAGCUCUGUGUAUAUAAUGUAGAUGAACUGAACACUUGUUCAGGUCUGUUCACUCAUUUCAGGUUUUUUUUUCAGGAAUGGUGUAAAAAUGUGUUUAUGAAAAUCAGCUGAUCAGUUAUGAUGAUGUGCGAUGCUCAUUUCUCUGACGUGUGGAGUUUAGAGUGUAUUUUCUAACAUGUCUCUGUAGGACGUCUCUGUCGUGUCCUGCAUAUCUCUCUCGCUCUCUCUCCACCCAUUUAUUUUUGACUUGUAGAGUAAACAGUCUGGGUGUAAAUGUGUUAAAGUGCUGUUCUGGGGUCAGUCUUUACAUCACCUUUCUCACACUCCUCUGCUGUAAGUCACUGCCGUGUCCUGCAGAGGGCACCGCACUGAGAUCAGUGUUCUUCAAACGGAGCACCAUGGGGUUUCAGAUGGUUAUAGGAUUGAGUGCUCACUCUGGACCGGGUCGGGUCAAAUGCUUAAAAAAUAAUCACGUUUUAUCAGGUAUCAGGUGUGUGACGUAUUCUCAUGGAGAACCCACAGGGCUCUAGAGCAUUUCCUCACUGUGUGUGUGUGUGUGUACACUGAUCAUGUAGAACAAAAUAAAUCUGUAAGAGAAUCUUCUGUUAUUUUCUCAUUACUGCUGUUCUACCUUACUCCCCAACUGUUAUCCCCUAACCCUUACUCCCUAAUAUAGAUAGAAGUUAGGGUUAAUCUUCUGAGUUUCAGCUUUUCCCAAGCUCAGAUCCCAAUUCCAAUAUCCUCUUGCUGUAACUCGCUGGUU